AACAAACCCCACUUCUUCCGCUCUGCUCCAACAACAACAGCCCACGCAACCCGCACCCAUCGCAAUGAGACGGCUGUGCAUGCUUGGGGUGUGGGUGUGGGAGGCCGUGUGCCUCUUGUCGCUUGCGAUCAUGGGCGGUGUCCUGAACCACAUGCGAGGGUCCAGUGGCGGUGUGCUCACUUCCGACGCAUUCACAGCGUCGUGUGAUUCGAAGAACUGCGUUGGCUAUUGGGUGGCGCACGUGUACACGCGACUGCUCAUGGCGCUGCCAACCGCUGCGCUCGUGCAGCUCCUCUCCAGAAACACCAAACUGACGCUCGUCUUUGCGUUUGCCACGUUUGUGUCCAUCUUCGUUGGCUGGGGCUGCUACUUUUCCAUCGGCUGGAGCGACACGGGGUACAACAGCCGGAGCGGGUUCCUGGAUUGGCUCAUCGGUCGUGAGUUGGAGGGCUGGGACUUUUCUCGACGCUUCAUUCGCGACUACGCAGGCAUGGGCAUGCGAGGGCUGAUGUGGACACUACCCGCUGGCUACGUCAUGCACCACGAGGGCUACGGAUGGCAGUUUUCACUGAGCGGGGCGGUGAUGCCGGCGAUUUACGCGUUUGGCUUUCGCGAUCACCCAAUUUGGACCGCAGACGGAUGGCAGCCGCUCACCUGCUCAGACCCGCCUUUCUCACAGGACUGGGCGUUUUCAACGGGCACGCCCAUGUCCGAGUUCCUGUUUGGGACGUGGUUCUGGAUGUGUCUUCUCGUUGCGCUCUUGCGUCGCUCCCCAUCCAGAUCACAGGUCCGGCGCCACCGCAGUUCGCUGCUGUACGAGGUGCUGUGCUGGGUCGUGUGCAUCAUCUUCUUCGUCUCCUCCUGCUGGUACGCGAGCGUGAAGCAGGACGACAAGUCCAACUGGGGCCAGACGCUUGUCGGCUGUGCUCUCUCCACCCUCGUCCUCCUCAUUGCGCUGGUACUUGAAGUGCGCCGCCGCCGCUGUCGUCGCAACGCCGCCGGAAGCGAAGGGGUACUGCUCAUCCAGAACACAUACGGGCACACGCGCGUGCGCAAGGCAUACACGGGCCGGGACUUUGAGGGCGGUGGCGGUUAUGAACCGCUGGGCACAGACGACCUGCACGACGCAUACUUCAGCAGCGAUGAUGAUGAUGUGGACGACGAUGAGGAUGUGAUUGCCACCACCACCGCCAUCGGCGUGUACAAGGACCCGGACGCCAUCUCCACCACAAGCAGACAGAAGCGUGGACGGGAGCACCCCUUGUUCGUGUGGUUUGAGCGCUUCCUUGGCCUGUUGUCCGUGCUCAGUCUCCUGGCCAUCCUUGCCUUCUGCCUCACGGCGCUUGGCUGGAACUGGCACACCCCACGAUACUGCACAAGCACACACGCACCAAACUGCCACUAGCCGCUUUCAUAGUCGCUCUUGCCUGUCUGUCUCCUUUUGCGUUCAUUUGCUUACUUGUUCAUUUGUUUGCUUGCUCUCAUUUCAUUGCAUUGCCCGACUUUCACUCCCCUCGUUUCAACUCCGCUUUCGCUACCCUCGGACUUAAACGUGCUUCUACAUUCUUGUUGUUGUCGCUCUUGUUGCUGUGUCGUGCGCGUGCCUGCGAACUUGGUAUUUGCUUUGUGGUGCGUAGAUCACAUGUAGGAGGGGAGUGGCCGCAGGCGGGUGUGCCACUCUGGACACACCCGUGUUUCUGUGCGCGUGUUACAUUAUGUUACAGUUUACAUGACAACUGUUUUAGCGUUGCUGGUUCUCGGUUGCAGCUACCUGGCUGGCUGCUCUGUUGUUUCUCUUUGCCGUGUGCCCACUCGUCGUUGAUGAUGAAAGCAUGAGUUGAUGAAAGCAUGUGUUUCAACCAGCGUGACAACACCCGA